CGCAGUGCGUUUUCGCGCAGGUCACAGCUGUCUAAACAUGGAGGUUGGCCGAAUCGUUUAUCUACAGAGUUCUAAUCGUACGUAAUAGCCCCUUUGGAUCGAAAUAACCAACCAGAAUUCGCUACCAAAGGUUACUACAUUUGACAGUUUAUCAUUCUUUGUUGUUCGAUCGCUUGUUGAUUGUAGAAUGACGAUGGAAAACAUGGGUGAACUAACCGAUCAACAAAUUAACGAUUCCUCGACAACUCCGAUCACUUCGAGUCAGACCGUCAGCGAGGACGAGUUCACAGUUACACCUAAGCAGGAAUUUGUGGACCCUGGUAGUGUUGAUAGUGCCAGUGUUAGUCCAGGUGUCGGAGAGUCAACACCUAGUGGAGAGUUACCUAGUUCGGAAUUAACUAGCGGGGAGAUCGACUCCCCUGCUUCUAUUACGCGUUCGGACAUAGUCAUUCCAGUCAGUAUGAUUGACUCACAUGAAUACCGAUCUCAGAUGGGGGAUCUUACAUACCAAACAUUGAAUGGAAGAAUGAGUCCGAGUUACAGCCCAAACAACUAUGCUACACUUACGCCGCUUCAACCUCUACCACCUAUUUCUACAGUGUCGGAUAAAUUUCUACAGAAUCAGAACAACUUUCAACUUAUGAAUAACGCGAUAAAUGGAAUACCAGGAAUGGAUAAUGUUAUGAAUUUAAACACAUACAGUUACGACAAAAUGAUGAACACUAUGACACCAGUGUCAUUACCCAUGGUUUCCAUGGUGGGACAGGUAAAUGGAUAUUCAAAUCAGUCAAUUGGUGUUGGUUAUACUUAUAAUGUUGGACAAAAUGGUGUGCCAUCACCAAAAUCAGGAGUUGAAAUGAAACCAAUUUUGUCACCAAAUCAUUCUACAGCUUAUGAUCCUUAUCAACAGAAUCUUGUAUCAGCACCGUCCCGAAUACAUUCACCCAUGAAAAUUAAACAGUGUGAUUCACCCAUUCCAAUGAUGCAGAGUGCAAAUGGGCUCCAUUUGAGCCCAUCAACGGGUAUGGAAAGUACCUCCCCACAUAGCAUGCACAGUGGAAGCCCUCAGCAUCAGGGGCUGGAUCAAAAUGGUAAAGAAGUGGAGGAAAUAAACACUAAAGAACUAGCACAAAGGAUUAGCAGUGAACUUAAAAGAUACAGUAUACCCCAGGCAGUGUUUGCACAAAGAGUGUUAUGUAGAAGUCAAGGAACACUUAGUGAUCUAUUGAGAAAUCCAAAGCCAUGGAGUAAGCUUAAGUCAGGGAGAGAAACAUUCCGACGAAUGUGGAAAUGGUUGCAGGAGCCCGAAUUCCAGCGAAUGUCUGCCCUGCGACUGGCAGGUAAUCAAGCCUGUUUACAACCCCAAGAACCUGAGGGCCAAGGUGAGGACUACAAUCCAUACAAUGGGUGGAGUGAUGGUGUACCUUAUCCAAAUGAUGUGAAAAUAGAAGUGAAAUAUGAAAUUGACAGCGAUCCAGGAAGUCCAGCAAACUCCGUCAUCUCCAACGGAUCGACUCUCGGAUCAGUGAAAAGAAAAGAAUCGGAGAUGUCCACCCCUCAGGAAAACCGCGGGCCAAAAAAGCCAAGACUUGUAUUUACUGACAUUCAACGUCGCACACUGCAUGCAAUAUUCAAGGAGACCAAACGACCUUCAAAGGAAAUGCAAGCUACCAUAGCCCAGCAACUUGGUCUGGAGGUUACGACUGUUGCGAACUUUUUCAUGAAUGCACGGCGGAGAUCGGUUGAUAAAUGGCGAGAUGACAACGGUAAUGAUAACCGAGAAAGUGCACCUACUGGUAUGCCGAAAAGUUGAAAUAAUGUCAUGUGACCAUGUUGUUUCGUAUGUAAACAACAGAAAAAUCAACAAACUCUGUGAGUGUUCGCGAAAAAAUAUAUAAAUAAAGCAACAGAUUUCGUAAUAAACUAGAUACAAAAACAAUGAAUGUUGCUUGACGAUUCAGGGUGGCGUGUGUUCAAAUGCAGUGUUCUAAGGCAAUUUUACUUAUACGUGGAACAAAAAAAAAAGUACGUUGCGGAUCUUUUUUUUAUGUACGGCAAAAGAGUGAACGUGGAUUAGAGUAGGAAAUUUUCACCUGUGUAUAGAAAAUAAUUUAUGCUAUGUGACAUCAUUUGUUGUACAAAUGAUAGACUUGUAAAAUCAUCGUGUAGAUAUGUUGUGAAUUAUAUGUUUAGAUGCAUAACCAAAACUUUUUCUUUUUUUUCAACAGUGUCUCAUGAAUGUUAUCUAAAUAUUACAUAUAUAUUGAAACGAUGAUCUGUAAUUAAUUGAAUCUAAUUGUGUAUAUAUUGAUGUUUUAUUUAUACAACAUUCCCCUUUUACUGAUGUUAAACAGUGUAAAAUUUUAUUUAGGUAAAGGUUAUUGUUUUAUAGAUACGCGUGCAGCAUGUUUUUUAGAAUGUUGUAUGGCACGUUUUUUAGAAUCGUGUACGACACAUUUUUUAGAAUCGUGUACAGCACGUUUUAAGAAUCGUGUACAGCACGUUUUAAGAAUCGUGUAUGGCACGAUUUAGAAUCGUGUACGGCACGUUUUUUAGAAUCGUGUACGGCAUGUUAUAAGAAUCAUGUGUAGCACGCCUUCAGCUCAACAAUGGUAGCAGAUUAGUGACCCUAUUUAUUUGACAACGUUGAUUUAUAAUGUUCUUUUUUGUUUUGUUUUUAUUUUCUUUCUUUUUUUUGUUCUUGUAGAAGAAAUAGCCAAGUUUUUCUUUCCCCGUCGGGUUAUUAUUAUUGAUCAAAUGAACUCGAUUGUUUUAAACCCUUUUGCAUUUUAUGUUGGAUCUGAUGAAUUUAUGUAAGUUAUUAAGUUAUUUGUACUAUGUAUAUUUCAUAGCAAGAUGUGCUGAAUUUAAUUUAUGAAAAAAUAUUGUGCUUUUUGUCUUAAAAAGAAAUGAAAUCCAUGAAAAAUGAAGGAAAAGGAUGAUAUUUGGUAGUUUUAAUUAACAAAUCCAUUUAGUAUAAAUCGAAGGAAUUCCAGAUUUCCGUUUUGGAAAGUUGACCUUUUUUAGUGAUGAUUAGUUUACCCCCAAAAAAAUCCAAUAAAGUGAAAUCCAGAUUUCAUUAAUUAGAUUCUACCCUUUUGAAAACUUACAUUUUUACUGAUUAUUAGUACUUUUUAUUUAGCUUUUGAAGGGAUUUUUGUAUACAGGGAAAACUUUUUGAUAUAGGUAUCAUUAUUAUACUGGUAUUUUACAUCAUAUUUGUGUAGGAAAUAGAUUUUUAAUUGCCGGGAAAUCCAGACUUUAGGUGGGAAAUGAAUGAAUUGCUUUCUCACAUCACUGGGCAACGUAUAUUCUUUGUAUUAGAUGUUUAAGCAUAGCAUUUCUUUUAAGUGCCAUCAUGUCUUAAGUAUUGCGGAAUAUUUUUUUGGGGGAAUGACAAUAUCGUUUCAUGUAAAUCCAUACAUUUGACAGGUCUGUCGGUGCAAUUCAGGUAUUUUUCUGUAUACUUCAUGAGGCCUUAUUUUGGCCACGUUUAAACUGUUUUUUUUUCUCCUUGGACUUUGAAGAAAUCCAAAAACACGCAAGAAGGUGUGUUAAAAACCCCAAUUUAUCUCCUCUUUUUACAGUUUUGAUCCAAUUUUCAUCUAUUUAUUUUUCAUUGAUCGAAAAGGUAACCAAUCAGAAAUCAUUUCAUUAUAGUAAGGCAUUCCAUGACAUGAACAAUAUCAUUCCAUGAUGACAUUUGAUAUAUGUAUAUAAGAACAUGGAUAGGUGUCCAUUUUGUAUUUCUUUUUCCUUUUUCUCGUUAUUGUCAUUUAUGGAAAAAUAAAAAUCUCAGAAACUUCAAACAUUCUUUCGCAACAUUCUUAUUCUUGUGUUUUCAUCUUUCGUUCUGAUUUCAGUCAGAUUCUUCUCAAGUUUGUGAAACAGUCCUACUUCAAAAUCAUCUCUCAUCAAAUUCAGCAGGGUUCUUCUCAUUUUGUAAUAAUUAAAAAAAAAAGCAUUUCCUUGAAAGUGUACAAAAAGUUAUGGUUAUCAUAUUUUGAUUUUAACCUUUUUUGACAGAAUAUUUCGAGAAAUUUGUUUUCAUCUAAAAAUAGAAUUUUGCUGCAGAAAAGAUAUCCAAUCAUAUUUAAGCUUGUAAUUUUGUAUUAGCCAAUCAUAUUGCUCGUAGCAUUCCAUCUGAGUUAUCCAGAAGCUUACAUAGAGUUACAAAAUAAUUGCUGGCAAUUUUUGUGCAAUAGUUAUCCAGAGUUGUUUAAAAAAAAGCUAUAUUUGGAAAUAUGAUCAAAAUUCCUCUCCCAUUUUAAUCAUUCAGACUUCAUCUUGAUUUCUGUAAUCCAGGAGACAUUUACAUUAUCUCAUAUUUGUGACCUCUUUUUGUAACAGUCAUUGUUGUGUGCAAAAUGUACACAAUGCAGUUAUGGCAUAUUAUUAUAUAUUAUACCUUUUGUGUGUUGUUAAAAUGUACAUGUUUAUAUGUUGGUUUCUCCACACACAUUAUGUACCCACUUUUGUUUGAUAUAAUUUAAGGGGGGAGAAAAAAAAAGGUGCUGCAUGCCAAUUUUUAUUAGUGAACUAGGGAGGUGGGUUAGGGUAGGGUUAGGAUGGCAUUCAAUAUUUAAGACAAGCAUGGAAAUUGCAGGAUAUGUACUUCAUUUUUAACCGACUUGUUUGUUAGAGUUCAAGGCUUUUCUGUAUUAAAUAUAUGGCUAGUAGUUGGCUCUAAAUGAUGAAAUGGAAAGCUGAACUUGUUUUAGAAAUUGCUACAUGUUUUUAAUUGUCGAAUGUACUUCUUAUUUAAAAUAUUGUCAACAAAGCUCGGGGAAAAUCUCAUUAAAAUGUUCCAUUUAGUUAGAUGACUUGAUGGGAUUUUAAGAAACAAAAACACAUGCCUUUGCUUGUGACAGAUGUUUUGUAUAUGUAUCCAGAACAAUGUAAUGUACAAAACAAAAAAACACUGUAUACAUAUUGCAAAAAAUGAGCUUAUUUUGAACUUCUGUAUAAAAGUACGUUAUUUGCAUUUAAAACAAAAUACAUGUACAUCAUUAAACAAAAGUUGAGAUCAUUAAACAAACGUUGAGACUUCCCUUAAAACCAUGGCAUGUGAUUGGUAGAUCUUUUUUUUCAAAUUGACCAAUCAGUAUUCUUUAUACUAGGGUUGUUCAAGAAGUGAUCUUUAAUUAUGAAUUUUUAAAAAAAAAGCUAGUUAAAAUGUUAUCAUUUUAUCUGUCGACUAUCAAGAUUUUUGUGUUUAAUGAAUCUUAACCCGGAUUUUGAGAGCCGAGUUGCGAGCUGAAUAGAAAAUAUGACAAAUUCAAACAUGUGGCGCUUUUCUAUCUAAAUUAAUCAGCCUGAGAACUUGGCCGACAGCUGGUUAAGAAAAUAUGUACAUACCAAAAACAAAUAUGGAGUCCUGCUUUAUAUGGAAAUGUAAACUGGGAAAUGUAAAACCCAAACUAUAUACGUACAUAACAGCUUUUUUUUUGGUAAAUAAAUUUUGUAAAAAGUAAUAUUUCUUCAAAAUUUUGUGUUGGGUUUGAAAAUUUUGUCAUUCAGAAAAUUUACAAAAAGUUCAACUUUUUUUGGGCUGAACAUUUUUGUCAUUAGAAAAUUUCAAAAAAGUUCAUGUUUUUUUUCCAGAUGCAUUAUGGGUAAAGUUGAUAAACUAGGCCACUUGGCGAUUUGUUAAAUACUUAAAAUAAUGGAUAUAAGAAAUAACAUAGUGGGUACUCUGGUAAUAUUUUGUGUGUGUUUAACCCUUAACCUGUUGGAAACAAAAGUUAUUAGCCUUUUAUUCAGGGCAGCGUGCUUAUCACGGGUAUAGAGCCAGGCCAGGGUGCAUGUCUGUGCAGUCUGAACAGGCUCUUAUACUAUUGGCUGAAAAACUUAAGUUUACAUUUUCAUAUCCUCAAAUUUGAUAAUGAUAACGUGGCAGGUUAACGGUUAAAUGACGAGACUGUUAGGCACGGCAUGUACAUGUUAAAUGUUUUAUUAUUUCUCGUGUUGUGAACAAAAACUAGUUUUGUGCUGAGUUUUAUUAUUAUUAUUAUAAUUAUUCUUAUUAUUAAUGAAAUUUAAAUUAUUUUGUUAUCAAACCCCCCAAGGCAUAUCAGUAUAUGAUGAAUUUUUUUGUGUCGUUUUUUUUUUUAUACAUAAGGUCUUGGAGUUUUCUCUGAAAUUCAGAGACGUAAAUGGCUUGUUUUUGUAUAUAUCAUAUUCCAGUCUUAUUCCCCCCUCCCCCUCUCCCCUGCAAACCUGUAAUGGAAUAUUCCUUAUAUUUAACUUUGGAAAAGUCUAUUAUAGUUUAAAAGGGUAUUUUGUGUUGAAAAUUUGGCAUGUUAUACAUUAUAGAGGAUUUUAGUUGAAGAAGAAAUGUUUUGUAGCUUAAAAAAAGAUGUUAUUUUCACGACAGAAUGCCUUUUUCAUGAUCACUAGAUAUAGAAUGGUUCAUGAUAUCAUAAUAUUAUAGCGUAGUUAUAAUUGUUGAGGGUUAUUUUUGUGCAAAAACGAAACCAAGGCUAUUUGCAAUAAAUAUUUUGACAAGAUUCUUACACAUAUUUUUUUUGCUGAAAUAUUUUACACAUCGCUUUAUACAAAAGGCAUAAUAAAUUAAAAGUUUUAUACAUGUACUGUUCAUCCAAAAAGACUGUUUUAACAUUUGAUCACAUAUUGUGUCCUAGGUUACAUAUUAGAUAUUUGAGAGACCAGUUUUUGACAUGAAAAAUCUUUUGGGUCAGUAUAAAAUGUGGUUUUAAGUUUCAUCCAAUCAGAUUCUGGAUGUUCAUUGGUAUCAUCCAAUCAGAUUCCUGGUGGUUGUUACUAUCACCCAAUCAGAUUCUGGUUGUUAUUUAGUAUCAUCCAAUCAGAUUCCAGGAUUCAAGAUCAGUAUUGAAUUAGUAACUAGCUUAGAGGGUCUCUUGAAAUGGAAUUUACAACUUUAUUACAUAAUUUAUACCUAUUUUAGGAACUUUAUUGAAGUCAUGACAGCAAAUCAUGUGAAAUCCAUGUCUAAAUUUUUCUCCUAUUCAAUGUGUUAUUUUGUGUGCAUGGUUUAUUUUACCUAUAAUGAACAAUCAAGUUGAAAUGUGCAGGUUUUGCCUUUUUAAGUUUUAUUAUGUAUAAGUAUUAUAAUAAUAUGUUUGCUUAUAUAUCCCCCCCAGUGAAGGUCUGUUGCUAUGGAAAUAUAUACAUAGGAAAUACAAUGGGCAGGAAAAAAUAAUAGUUUCUGAAACAUAAAACUUUUGUAUUCACUAAUAUUAUUUUGCAUAUUCUGUUUUACUGGUAAGAAAAAAAGGAUUGUUAGUUUUGUUAAGUAGACAGUGAAUUUUGCGCAGUAUUUGAAAGUGACAUUUAUCCAUGAAAAGCAAUACGAUACUGGAUAAGUUAGUAAUGCUAUAUUGAUAUAGUAAGCAUAAUAUUUAAAUGGUUUAAAUUCAAAUUUUGUUGCAAAUGCUUGUUCAGUGACUAAGUGUUGACUAGGAAACAUGUAAUACCUGUAAGAUACGGUUUUUAGAUGAGAAUAUUUUUCGUAAGUCACUAAUUCAGUAUUAUUAUGUAUGUAUUUCCAGAAGCUAAUGACCUAGUUUAUGACUAUUAAAGUAUUGUUCUGUACAGAUCUGAAUCAUGAAUCCGGCCUUUAAUAUUUUUAAUGACAUUUUUUUGUUUAGUAUAUUUUUUUGUUUUGUUCAUUGUUACAGUAGCUUUUUGUUCGCCAUUUUUUUUUCGUAUGUCAUUUACCAUGUACGUAUCAUUGCUUUUUAUUCGUAACGGAUCUGUUGACUGUAAAACUAUGUCUCGUAACUUUCUGGUAUUGCUUAUUUGACCGAUUUUGAUGUUUACUAUAUCUGAUGCAGUGAAUAUAACAGCUAUUUAGAUUUUGACCACAAAAAAAAAUGACCAUCCAAAAUUAUUCCAUGACAUACUGUUUAAGAUGAAAUCAAUUUUAUUAGAUGGUUUUUGUUUUGAUUUUUAAUUUUGAAUAAAAUUUAGGCUUAAUAUUGAUACAUUACCUAUGAUUUAUAUAAUUGAAAAUUGCGAGACAUGAUUUUAUUAUUCUGAGGUAUUUCCUUUUCUUUCUUUUUUUGUUUAUUAAUGAUAUAUUUAUUAUUGAAUUAAUUUAUUUAUUUACAUAUUUUUGACUUGUUUUUGAGGAACAAAUUAUUAAUCAAUGGCAAAUUGCUCCAGGGAGAUGAUUGGCCGUGUAUGAACAAUGAUGCUGGUCUCAAGGUGUUAUAUUAUUUUUUGUAGUUGAACAUAGUGAUGGUUUACUCCAGUAUAAUGACAUUAAUUUAUCUUUUGUGGCGUUUUUGAAAAUUUAUGGAAAAGAAAUUUUAAAAAACAACAAAACUUGACUUUGAUUGGAAAGAUUUAAAAUAGUUGAAAUAUAUAACUACUUGUUUUACUUGAUUUGAGGGAAAAAAAUUCUUUUAUUGGUAAACAGCCAAAAAUAAGGAUAUUUGUGGAAGUUUUUACUGGACUAUGUUUUGUGUUAUGUAAGGGACCAAUAUUAGGCCUGGGACCAAUACUUGGACAUUCUCAAGACAGAAAAAAAACUUCAAAUGCAUGUGAUCACCAUAGUUUUUGUUGCCGUGUGAAAACUAGUCAACUGUCGAAACUUGGGAGGAAACUCCAAGUUUUGAAAUAGGCUCACGGAAAUGAUGGGUAGAAAUGCAGGCUAAAACUUGUGGACAUUAGAUUAUACACAGUGAGUGUUGUACGAUUCUGGAUCUUUAAGUUGUAAAAACACACACACACACGCACAUAUUAAAAUGUUGCCACAAGUUUUAGGCUGUGAAUUUUACAUCAUUUUCACAAAGACAAAACUUUAAAAGAGACUGUCCAUUUUUUGUGCAAUAUUUAUUUAUGUGUAAAUGAUUUUUUGUUUGUGUACAAGUGAUGUGUGUAAUGAAAUAUGGGGAAUAGACAUGUAAGGUUUAUAGUUUUUGAUGUACAACUAACUUAGUAAACUAGAUGAAAGAUCUCUGAAAUAAGCCUCCCUGUGCUGUUAACACAUGUUGAAUAAAUCGGAUGUGCAGCAUUUAUGUAUUUAUAUAUAUUAUACUAUAUUAAAUAUAUCCAAUUUAAGAGAAGAUUAUUCUGGUUAAAGAAAAAAAUACAUAAACCCGUGUAUAAGACGGGCGCAUUAAUUCUAGAGUUUGUUGGGAUGUGAAAUAACCUGACUUAUAAAUGAGUAUUUAUGGUAGACUGAAUCUUUGCACAAUUUGAGAGUUCAAAUAACUAUAUUUAGAUAAAUAACUAUAUUUAGAUACAUUAACAGACAAAAUAAUAAGUCUUUGUUGCUCAUUUUGAACAAGCAUUAUUUGUUGUACACAAAUUUUCAUAAAAAUCUGUUUUAUAAUAACAUUUGAAUUUUUAAAAAUAAAUGUAGAUUGUGUUUAAGAGAUAGGGAUGUUUAGUUGAAAGAUCUUGUGGAAUAAAGCCUUACUUACCGUAACUUGUUGUUGGGUGACUUUUGUUUUGUAUUGUACAAUAUUUUUUACAUAUAUUUUAGUAAAUAGUGUGCUGAAAUUUAAGACUAAUCCAUUUUACUAAAAACUAAAAAGUGAAGUAAGUUGCAACAGAAAUAGUGUUGAUUUGUGAAGGUAUCAACACGGUUUCUUUUUGAAUUUUUGUUUUAAAGAAAACCAAAUGCCUAGUGCAUUUGGACUUAAAUUUAGUAGAACAGUGUUGAUUAUUUUAUGAAAUAUAUUUUUCUUGUUAGAUGCACUAAGGGUAAAUUUAGCGCUGUUUAUGUAAUUUUAUUUCAAAUGAACAUUUUUUUUUCUCCACGAUGCUCCAAUCGGUUAUUAUAUGAGAUGAUGGGAAAAUAAUAACCGAAAUCCCCGAAUGCAGGGUUAUUAGUAAUUUGAAUGAUUAUGUAAUAUUUUUAUUUUGUGGGGCUUUUGUACAUGAAGCAAUGUGCAUUAAUUCAGUGUUAUUGAUAACAUUAUUACCUAAAUGAUAAAUGGUAAAACAUUUUGUAAAUGACCCAUAAUGUGUGUUUAGUUUUAUUUUUUAUCAGAAAUCCAUUAUACAUUCACAUCUAAUUUGGAAGAAAGAAAAAAAAUUACAUGUCAUUUUAUCAG